AUGGCUAUUACCAAACAUAUUUUGUUGGUUGCCGCUGUUGCACUAUGUUGUUGCUUCAGCGUCAUUAACGCUGGUCUGUGGCCAGACGAGACAAACACUGGAUACAAGAAGUCCCCUGGUUAUCCUGGCUCAUUGGUGUCCACAUGCCCUUCAACAGUCGUAAGCAACAGUGUCUACAAGUACUGCAACUACAUCAAUGGAUUGUACAUUGGCUCCAGCAGCCAGACUGUCACCAACAUCACCUUUAUCGGCUGUCGCUUCGCGUCCAACGCUGUGGACGAUGCCAACGUCGCCGUCUACGGCUCCGCGAUUACAUUCAACUAUUGCACAUUUGAGCCCAAGACAACCGUCGAGCCCACAUGGAGCAACCCGACCGCUCGCAUCAAGCGAACACUUUCAUAUCAGUAUGGUAUUGAUCAACGUGCGGCUGGCCCACUCACAGUGGAUCACUGCGACAUGUGGGGCUUUGCCAAUGGCAUUCAGAUCGGAUACUCGGAUCUGGCCGGCCCGCUCACCAUCCGUCACUCAUGGUUCCACAAUCUGCGUCAAGAUGGCGGCGGUGUCGACCACACAGACGCGCUGCUCGAGAACUAUGGCGGUCUGAGCCACAUGGUGAUCGAUCACAACACAAUCACUGGCGUUGGCAAUACAAAUGGACUGGGACUGCAAGGCGACGACGCAUACCAAUACAUCAGCAUCACCAACAACUACUUUAGUGGCUAUGCCUACAUGCUCAACCUGGGCGGACACACUCUGUCGUCCAACAUGGUGUUCACGGGCAAUGUGUGGGGCGCGGAGAUCAAGCCAGGCUGGGGACCCGUCUAUGAUUCAGUGGCAUUCGAGGUGCCCAACAUCAGCACAUUGAACAACCAAUGGCAGAACAACACGAUUCGCGUUGGUGCCGCCACACCAUCCACCUGGAUGGCCACAGGCAACAAUGGACUAUAUUGGUGGCCGACCGAUAUCAACCCAUCGACCAAGUACGUCAUCAUUGGACAUGCCACAGACUACAUCUAA